UGCCACUUUUGACCAGGAAAGGAGCACCGGCCGGCAGGGUCUUCUGGUAGUGGGAGCACCACCUCCGCACAGGCACCUCGCACCAGUGGAGUCUGGUCUCUGCAGCCCCUAACUGUCUCUCCCCCCCUUUAAAAGCGAGACCCCUCGUCUCAAGGAGGUUCUUGCCCUCACGGCGUCGUCGUCGUUUCUAUUGCUGAAUAUUUUUUUCUUACUAUAAGCUGAGGGGGACGUGAGAAGUCCUGACAGAGGCGGCACGAUGACAGCUGUCGAAACCCAAAUGACAUACAGCAACUCCUAUACGAUCCACCAUGAAGAAGCGUACAUGACCCAAGAGGAGGACUGGGACAGGGACCUGCUGCUGGACCCCGCCUGGGAGAAGCAGCAGAGGAAGACCUUCACAGCUUGGUGUAACUCCCACUUGAGGAAGGCCGGGACACAGAUCGAGAACAUUGAAGAGGAUUUCAGAAAUGGCCUCAAACUCAUGCUGCUGCUGGAGGUCAUAUCAGGCGAGAGGCUGCCCAAACCUGACAAAGGCAAGAUGCGUUUCCACAAGAUCGCCAACGUGAAUAAAGCCCUGGACUUCAUCUGCAGCAAGGGGGUCAAGCUGGUGUCUAUUGGUGCUGAGGAAAUUGUUGACGGUAAUGUGAAGAUGACCCUUGGUAUGAUCUGGACCAUCAUCCUGCGCUUUGCCAUCCAGGACAUCUCUGUGGAAGAGACCUCUGCUAAGGAGGGUCUGCUGCUGUGGUGCCAGAGGAAGACUGCCCCCUACAGGAACGUCAACGUGCAGAACUUCCACAUCAGUUGGAAGGAUGGCCUGGCUCUGUGCGCCCUCAUCCACAGACACAGACCCGACCUCAUUGACUACUCCAAACUGAGAAAGGAUGACCCUGUUGGUAACCUGAACACUGCCUUCGAGGUGGCUGAGAAGUUCCUGGACAUCCCUAAGAUGCUUGACGCUGAAGAUAUUGUGAACACACCCAAACCUGAUGAGAAGGCCAUCAUGACCUACGUGUCCUGCUUCUACCACGCCUUCGCUGGUGCUGAACAGGCUGAGACAGCUGCCAACCGUAUCUGCAAGGUGCUGGCCGUCAACCAGGAGAAUGAGAAGCUGAUGGAGGAGUACGAGAAGCUGGCCAGCGAGCUGCUCGAGUGGAUCCGCCGCACCAUCCCCUGGCUGGAGAACCGCGCGGCGGAGCAGACCAUGCGCGCCAUGCAGCAGAAGCUGGAGGAUUUCCGUGACUACCGCCGCAUCCACAAGCCGCCCCGCGUGCAGGAGAAAUGCCAGCUGGAGAUCAACUUCAACACCCUGCAGACCAAGCUGAGGCUCAGCAACAGGCCCGCCUUCAUGCCCUCCGAGGGCAAGAUGGUGUCGGAUAUUGCCAAUGCCUGGAAGGGUCUGGAGCAGGUGGAGAAGGGCUACGAGGAGUGGCUGCUGACCGAGAUCCGUCGUCUGGAGAGACUUGACCACCUGGCUGAGAAGUUCAAGCAGAAGUGCAACAUGCACGAGGCCUGGACUUCAGGUAAGGAGGACCUGCUGUCCCAGAAGGACUACGAGUCAGCCUCUCUGAUGGAGAUCAGAGCCCUGAUGAGGAAGCACGAGGCUUUCGAGAGCGACCUCGCCGCUCACCAGGACAGAGUGGAGCAGAUCGCUGCCAUCGCUCAGGAGCUGAAUGAGCUGGACUACCACGAUGCUGCUACAGUCAAUGCCCGCUGCCAGGGCAUCUGUGACCAGUGGGACAACCUGGGCACCCUCACCCAGAAGAGGAGGGACUCACUGGAGCGUGUGGAGAAGCUGUGGGAGACUAUUGACCAGCUGUAUCUGGAGUUUGCCAAGAGGGCAGCACCCUUCAACAACUGGAUGGAUGGAGCCAUGGAGGACCUGCAGGACAUGUUCAUUGUCCACAGCAUUGAGGAGAUCCAGAGUCUGAUCACCGCUCACGACCAGUUCAAGGCCACUCUGCCUGAGGCCGACAAGGAGCGCAUGGCCACCAUGGGCAUCCACAACGAGAUCCUGAAGAUCGCCCAGACCUACGGCAUCAAGCUGUCCGGAAUCAACCCCUACACCAACCUCUCCCCCCAGGACAUCAGCACUAAGUGGGACACUGUGAAGCACCUCGUGCCCCUCAGAGACCAAAUGCUCCAGGAGGAGGUGGCCAGACAGCAGGCCAACGAGAGACUGAGGCGCCAGUUUGCUGCCCAGGCCAACAUCAUCGGACCCUGGAUUCAAACCAAGAUGGAGGAGAUCAGCCACGUGUCAGUGGACAUCGCCGGCUCCCUGGAGGAACAGAUGAACAGCCUGAAGCAGUACGAGCAGAACAUCAUCAACUACAAAUCCAACAUCGACAAGCUGGAGGGAGACCACCAGCUCAGCCAGGAGUCCCUCAUCUUCGACAACAAGCACACCAACUACACCAUGGAGCACAUCCGCGUGGGCUGGGAGCAGCUGCUCACCACCAUCGCCAGAACCAUCAACGAGGUGGAGAACCAGAUCCUGACCCGCGACGCCAAGGGCAUCAGCCAGGAACAGCUCAACGAGUUCAGAGCCUCCUUCAACCACUUCGACAGGAAGAGAAACGGCAUGAUGGACCCAGACGACUUCCGUGCCUGCCUCAUCUCCAUGGGUUACGAUCUGGGUGAAGUGGAGUUUGCUCGCAUCAUGACCCUGGUGGACCCCAACAACACAGGCGUGGUGACCUUCCAGGCCUUCAUCGACUUCAUGACCCGCGAGACCGCUGAGACCGACACUGCAGAACAGGUCAUGGCCUCCUUCAAGAUUCUGGCCUCAGACAAGAAUUACAUCACAGUGGACGAGCUGCGCAGGGAGCUGCCACCCGAGCAGGCCGAGUACUGCAUCAGCCGCAUGACCAGGUACAUCGGACCCGACAGCCCCCCCGGCGCCCUGGACUACAUCUCCUUCUCCAGCGCCCUCUACGGAGAGAGCGACUUAUAAACACAGCCGCUUCUCUUCACCUCCUCCUCUCAUCCCUUCUUCCCAGCUCCCCCCUAUUUCUCCUGUUUGGAGAGAGAGCAAUUUAAACCCUUCCACUGUCCUUCUAUAUGCUUUGUUCUUAUCAUCUUUUCCUCUUUCAAAUCUUAACUUCCUCCCUAUUUAUCCAUCCUCCUCCCAACCCUGUCCGUCCCCCUAGAAAACUGCCCAGAGAGGGUGAGAGUAGAAGACUCUGCUCAAAUCUUAGACACUCUAUACGGACUGUCCCUCUUUUCGAGUGCCUUUAAGAACCAGGAGAGUGCCAGGUAUUGCACUGAAGUUAUGUAAGCAGCAUACAUAUAACAUACCUGCCUUUAGGAGAUGUUAAACAGAAGGUGGUGAUGAGGGAGAAAGAAAGAAGUUUAAAAAAAAUCUUACAUUGAGCAAAGCCUCCUGCUCUCCGCCCUCUCUCUCAGAUGACAUAUUUUUUUGUAGAAGGGUAAUUAAAGAAGAAAUCGUGAUAAAAAGCUGGUUGGUCAGUUGGCUUGGUUGGUUGUGUAUUUGUGCAGAUGCAUGCUAUGUUGAAGUUUAGAAAUGCUGUCUUUGUGAGUCUCUGACUCUUCCUUAAUCACACAAAAACCCUGUCACCGCGAGCCUGCUAACAAUUCACUCAGCAGAGGAGCAGAAGCAAGUCAGGUGCUACAAUGUUACAAAGCCAGUCUCACACUGAAUAAUCUUACUCUGUAAAAAAUAAAAAUAAAAAAAAAAUCCUACCAAAGCACUGUGAAACCUGAAUGUUAGCAGAGAUUAAAUUUAACCUGGAGAUCUUAAAAACCUUAAGAAGCUCAGGAACAAAACGGAGGAAGAAUGAGAGCAUCUAAACUCUGGAGCGCUAAAUAUUAAAAUGAAGACUGCAAACAACAGAGAGCAGCUCAAAGCAAAAAGCACUGUGGGUAAAUGUAGACAAAAAAAAGAGAGGGACAUGGCUGGAUGGGGACUCAAGAAGGAAGACAGAAAGACAAACUGUAAACGGCCAGAGAGAACGAUCCCACACACCUCUCUCUCUCUCUCUCUCGGUUUCGGCUAAAUUUAAACUCGCGUGGAGGAGGGACACGGACGGAGAGAGGUGUCGAGCAGUGAGAGACGACAGGGCAUCAGGAAAGUUGCGGACUAAAUAAGAAGAAUCAAUACUGUACGUGGGACCAUGGCAGGCCUAUGUCAGUGAGGAAGCUCAUAGGGUUUUGGUCCCAUUUUAAAAUGACAGAUCAGCCAUGAUAGCCAGUGCAAGGUUUUUUUUUUCUCUUCAUCUGCGCUCCAUUCUCCUCCUCCUCCUCAACUCAUUCUGUCCAUCACUGACACCACAGAAACUCACUCUCACAAUUUAAAAAACUACAACUUGGAAUAAAAAAGGAAAAUUCUAUUACUAAA